AUGCCUCUCAGACUGGCGAUAAUGGGAUCUACCUCCCAAACCUGGGCUUUUCACCCAACAAUCCACGGCUACAGCAACCAUGCUUUUGAGGGCGCUCCUACUCCUGGCUCCUCCCCUGUUGCCAACGCUACCGAUCCCGGCUCCAACCUCAUGAGCCCAGCCGUUGAUAGGUAUGUAACUUUCGAUAAAGGCAAGGACAAUACCGUAGAUAACAGCGAAGAUAGGUCAGGCAAUGAUGCGGCAUGCGAACUUCGGAAAUGGACUCCAGCUGAGCGUCUCGCGGCUUGUGUGCAGCUUGCGAACCCGGAAGGCAGAACACCAAUUGAUGUCGCUACGGAAGACCGAUGCAUGCAAUUGCAGGCCCUCAAUGGGGAAGCUGACAGUGCGGAGUGGAUAACCAAGCAAAAUGAGGUUCUUGAUGAUUCCGGGUAUGGAAAGAGCAUCGACGGCACCCUCAUCCAUGGGGGUGACCAGGUCAUGCCACCUCAACCAGAUGCAUUUGGCCAGCAACCCAAAUUCGCAAUCCUCUGCUAA